CACCAUUUCCGAGUUGGAUCUCACACGCCGUUGGCCCGCAUGUCAGGAGGACCUCCCAAUAUAUUUUGUCCAUCAAGAGGAAGGCGUGCCCGUGCCGAGGAUCUUCUACAUCCCAGGCCCCGGGCGCGUGUCCAACGACUCUCCGCGGGUGCUCCCCGUGCUGGAGGCCCUGGGCACCUCGAGCUUCGUCGCGAAGCCCACGCACCUGGCCGCGACCUCCUACGUGUACCAUCAUUCGGGACGGCGUCAACCUGGUGAACGGGAGGACCACGAGCCUGGACGAGGUGGCGGCCGGCCUGGCGGACGCGUGGCUCGACCGGCACCUGGACGACUGGGCCACGGAGUCCACGCCGCCCGGGGUCAUCGUCGAGGCGCUGGUGGAGCCGCCCGCGCGCCGUGCGGGGCAGGGCGCCACGCCCGACGAGCUGAAGUGCCAGACCUUCUUCGGCAGGCUGCUCUUCUGCGAGUGGGUGCUGGUCACCAACAUGACGACGGGCGAGGCGGGGGCGGAGCGCUUCCGCGGUGCGCACAUGGCGGGCGACCGCGCCGAGCCGUCCCGCGGGCACGGGGCGUGCGGCAUCCCCGACUUCUCCACGAAGGGGUACGUGUUCAGGGAUGGCACCUGCUUCGACUGCCAGGAGCCAGUGCCGCUUUCGGACAGCGGGUGGGCGAAGCUCGUUGACAUAGUGGAAGGUGUGGCGGCGGGCACAGACCACAUAAGGAUCGACGUGUUCGUGACGCCCGAGGGCGACGUAGUGGUGAACGAGGCGAACAUCAGCUUCCUGAAGAUAUCAAAGUUCCCGCCUGUCCUCGUGGAGGAGAUGCGCCGCCGCUGGCUGGAGGGCUACCGGAGCUUCCACAGCUGAGCCGCCCGUGCCCCCCCAACAAAAAGCAGAGGCUGGGGGGUGCGACUCAGCAGCGAAAGGUGACG